AUUUAUCCAAGAACAGAUUAACUGAAGUUCCUACAGAGCUGUGCCAUUUUGUGUCACUUGAAACACUAAAUCUGUACCACAAUUGUAUUAAAAUUAUACCAGAUGCCAUAGUAAACUUGCAAAUGCUAACUUACUUAAAUUUGAGUCGAAAUCAGCUUUCUUCUUUGCCAGCUUGCCUGUGUGGUCUUCCUCUAAAAGUCUUGAUCGCAAGUAACAAUAAGCUAGGUUCCCUUCCAGAAGAGAUAGGUCAGCUAAAACAGUUAAUGGAACUGGAUGUCAGCUGUAAUGAAAUCACAGCUUUGCCACAGCAGAUAGGCCAGCUGAGAUCUUUAAAAGAACUGAACGUCAGAAGAAAUUACCUCGAAGUUUUACCCCAAGAACUAGUACAGCUUCCCUUGGUAAAGUUCGACUUUUCCUGCAAUAAAGUGCUUGUGAUUCCAAUUUGUUUUAGAAAGAUGGUGCAGUUACAAGUAUUACUGCUUGAGAAUAAUCCUUUACAGUCACCACCAGCACAAAUUUGUACAAAGGGUAAGGUGCAUAUAUUCAAAUAUCUGACUGUACAGGCCUGUCAGAUUAAAACAGCAGACUCGCUGUAUCUUAAUGCCAUUGAACAGCAGCAUUUGCCACAACCCGUGGAAGAGAGCAUCGAUGACAUCUACCCAAGUAAAAAGGACUCAGAUUCAGGUGUUGGUAGUGAUAAUGGAGAUAAACGUUUGUCAGCAACAGAGCCAUCUGAUGAAGAUACUGUCAGCUUUAAUGUUCCAAUGUCGGACAUUGUGGAAGAAGAUCAGAUUGUGAAGGAAGAUUCAGGUCACCACGCUAACUCAAGAAAAGUGGAAUUCCAUCAAGGAUCUUCUCACUUGAUUGUCAAUGAUAAGUCCAGAGAAAGAGGAAACGAGUUCGAUGAAUCAGAUACACUUACUACUGAAUUUAUGAGUUACAUUAAGAGCAGAGCAGCGGAGUGUGAUGAAUUAUUGAGAAUAGAAGAGGACGCACAAUGGCAAACAGAGGAACUAAUAAAUAUGUCAGAAGAACAAACUAUUGAUAUAGCAAUGAUAGAACAACUAAGAGAAGCAGUAGAUUUAUUACAGGAUCCCAACAGAUUAAGCAUGGAUAUUUCAGAGAGCAGUGGUGUGAAUCUGUAUCCCAUGGAACCAGCAACAGCUUUAGAAUUUCAGGAGUCUACAGUAAACGGUCAAAUGCAGAUGGAGAUGUCUUCCCUUGGUCAGGUACAGAAUGAUCUAAUUGUUUGGAAUGCAGGUGGGCAAACCUCUCACAAUGAGAACAAGGAUAGAAGUCCAACAAUGUCUCCUCCUACAAACACCACAAUCCCUUUUGGCCUGAAGCCACGAUCAGACCCAUCCCUCAGUCUUCCUCCUAUCUCCUUCAACACACUUACACAGGCACAAACAUGGGACAACUUUAGCUACAGUAUCCCAUCUGAAGGAGACAGUGACAAUGUGUUCUUAAGACCACAAAGAAAUUUGGAAUCAAUAGAUCCACAAUUUACAAUUCGAAGAAAGAUGGAGCAGAUGAGAGAAGAGAGAGAGCUUGUGGAACAGCUACGUGAGAACAUUGAAACAAGACUAAAGAUUUGUUUACCUGAAGACUUGGGGUCUGCCCUGAUGGAUGGUGUAGUUCUCUGCCAUUUAGUAAAUCACGUUCGUCCUCGGUCUGUAGGAAGCAUUCACGUACCUUCACCAGCAGUACCUAAACUUAGCAUGGCCAAAUGCAGGAGAAACGUGGAAAACUUUCUGGAUGCAUGUAGAAAGCUGGGGAUACCAGAGGCUGACCUCUGCUCUCCGUAUGACAUCCUGCAGUCGGAUAUUCGUCACAUUCGAAAGACUGUUGACACUCUGCUCGCCCUCGGGGAGAAAACCCCACAAUCAACUUCUGCCUUUCGCUCCUGGGAUCUAAUAGGCUUUUGUCUUUUCCACAUACUUUUUAUAGUCUUGAUGUAUAUAACUUAUCACUGGAAUGUGCUAACAGCAUAA